UGGGUAGUAUGGGUUGCUCGAUCUUUCUAUAAAUAAUAACGCUACUCAGUACUCACCCAUCACAAGCACCCACACCAACCAAAGAUGAGCAACACCACCAUGGCUAUUUCCACCAUCCUUCUCUUCCUCCUCGCCGGCCUCGUCGCCGCCCACGGCGACGGCGACACCAUGAUCCGUCUCCCAAGCGACGGCGCCGAAGCACCACCACGCCCGCCCAAACCCUGGGACUGCUGCGACAACAUCGAGAUGUCCCCGCUCGAGAUCUUCCCGCCGCUGUACCGCUGCAACGACGAGGUGAAGCAGUGCUCCGCCGCCUGCAAGGAGUGCGUGGAGGCGCCCGGCGACUUCCCCCGCGGCGCCUUCGUGUGCCGCGACUGGUACUCGACGGUGGACCCGGGCCACAUGUGCACGGCGCCGGAUCAGCCGACGACGAAGAGGCCGUGGAAGUGCUGUGACAGCAUCGUGCAGCUGCCGCAGAGGAUCUUCCCGCCGUUCUGGCGCUGCGACGACGAGCUGGAGCCCGGCAAGUGCACCGCCGCGUGCAAGUCGUGCAGGGAGGCGCCGGGGCCGUUCCCGGGGCCGCUCAUCUGCGAGGACGUCUACUGGGGCGCCGACCCGGGCCCCUUGUGCACGCCGCGGCCAUGGGGGAAAUGCUGCGACAAGGCCUUCUGCAACAAGAUGAACCCGCCGACCUGCCGCUGCAUGGACGAGGUGAACAAGUGCGCCGCCGCGUGCAAGGAUUGCCAGCGUGUGGAGUCGUCAGAGCCGCCUCGCUACGUCUGCAAGGACCGCUUCACCGGCCAGCCCGGGCCCAUGUGCAAACCCCGAGCGGAGAACUAGCUAGCUACAGAUGAUCGAUGAUCGAUCUGUGUGUCCAUCAAUAAAACUCGCCCUAGCUUGCAGCUAGCUGAUCGUUCGUUCGAUCAUUCAGAGUUGGUAUAGCUAGAGGCUAGAGCUUAGCUCCAUCCAGAUUUUUCAGUGCUCUGCAGCUUUUGUGCAUCUUGCAUGCUUUGUUAGUUUGUGUGCUCCAUGUGUGUGGGUGUGUUUAAUUUGUCCCUGUUCGCUUGUGUGGACCAAGAGGGAAAAUAAAAUAUAUAUGCAACGCAAGCAUGCACCCAUGUUGAGUUGUCUCAAUAUCAUAAAUAAGAGAUAUGAGCGAGCGAUAUAUCUA